GAGUGUCAAGAACCGUUCAAGUUAUUGGGUGCGGGAAUAAAGCGGCAGUGAAGCAACAACCCAGCGAGGAGUUGAAAGAGAGACGCAAUGGCAGAGACAAGAUUGACCAAGACCCAGGAAGAUCAGUGGAUUACUCAGUCUCAAGUUUUUCAAAUCUACAAUCACUUUGAUAACCUUCCUCCUGCUCAACAACACCUCAGGCUCCAGCUUUUUCGCGACGAGCACAUCGAUUAUCUCACUAAAGGCCUGCGACAUCUCGCUCCAUCCUUCUGCGUCUUGGAUGCCAAUCGGCCUUGGCUUUGCUACUGGAUUCUUCACUCCAUUGCGCUACUCGGAGACUCUGUCGAUGAUGAGCUAGAGGACAGAGCUAUUGAUUUUCUGGAUCGUUGCCAGGAUAAGAAUGGUGGAUAUGGCGGUGGGCCUGGACAGCUUCCACAUCUUGCUACAACUUAUGCAGCAGUAAAUUCACUUGUUACUCUGGGUGGCCAGAAGUCAUUGUCAUCUAUCAAUAGAGGUAACUUGUAUUUGUUUUUGUUGCGAAUGAAAGACAAGAAUGGAGGAUUCAGGAUGCAUGAUGGUGGAGAAAUUGAUGUUCGUGCUUGCUACACUGCAAUUUCGGUUGCAAGUAUUCUAAAUAUAUUGGAUGAUGAGCUGAUUGAGAACGUUGGAAAUUACAUUUUAAGCUGUCAAACGUACGAAGGUGGAAUUGCCGGAGAACCAGGUUCUGAAGCUCAUGGUGGCUAUACCUUUUGUGGGUUGGCCACAAUGAUAUUGAUCAAGGAGGUCAACCGUUUGGACUUGGCUAGUUUAACUGAUUGGUUGGUGUUUAGACAAGGAUUGGAAGGUGGUUUCCAAGGGCGAACAAAUAAAUUGGUCGAUGGUUGCUACUCAUUUUGGCAGGGAGGAGCAUCGGCAUUAAUACAAAGAUUGCAUAUGAUAGUUGAUGAGCAAGCUUUUGUGUCUGAUGAAGUAGAUGAAAAUGAUGCAGACAGCUCUCAAACUUCUGCUGAUUUAAGUGAAGAAGAACAAUGCCUUGGUGGGAACUCGCCACAUGCUGAUGAACAUUGCUCUCAUGAGGAUGGUGCCGGACAGCGAAAUCCUUCUGAUCAAGUUAAAUUUGAGCGGUUAGGUGUUGGUUCUACUGGGAGAAGAGGAAAUGCAGAAACAGAGCCUCUAUUCCAUUGCAUAGAGUUGCAGCGAUAUAUUCUCUUAUGCUCUCAGGUCGAGGGAGGGUUUAGGGACAAACCAGGGAAGUAUAGAGACCACUAUCACACAUGCUAUUGUCUAAGUGGCUUAUCGGUGUGUCAGUAUAGCUGGUCAAGUAAUGUUGAUUCUCAGCCUUUGCCAGCUGCUGUCUUCGGAAAUUAUUCUAAAAAUCUCUUGGAACCUGUCCAUCCGGUGUACAACGUUGUCUUUGAGCGGUACAAGGAAGCGCGGGAGUUCUUCAUGUUGCCUUCCUAGGCCUCUUCAUGUUUGUUUCCUCGGCCUGAAUACACUACGGCCUAAAUACACUACAGAAUUGUGAAAAUUGUGAGAACAAAUCAAGUCUUGAUUCUGUUGUAAGAUUAGAACUCGCAGUUACCUGUCAUAGAAGCAUAAUUCUGGAGCGUUUAUAAAAUGACAUUGAUAUUGUACUCA